GUUUGGCCUAAGAUUUAUUUACUGAGGGCUGCAUGAUAAGGCCUACUCUAAGUUGUUUUGGUUAAUGUUCAUGAGCAAAAAGCCGAAUUUAUUCAAUUCCAUGUAAUUUCACUCUCGGUUACUUCAAAGAGAGGCGACUACAACUAUGGACAAUUUCAUUGAAGUCCAAGCCUUAUAUUUCCUAUCACCAUCUCUCAACAAACACAACAACACGUCAGCGAUUCCGUUCCACGCUGUUAAAUUCGGUUGGACCACGUCUGUAAUUCAAUCCCCGAUCGAACCCCUUUAAACACGAAGCAAUAGCGCAACGCACUUUACAUUCCAAACUCUUUCAAAUUCUCUCCAUUUCUGGGUUCAAUUAACUUUACUCACUUUAGAUUCGCAAAUCCUCCGAUUCAAUUGAGAGAUGAGUCAGAAGGGUUUGAUAUACAGCUUUGUUGCUAAGGGGACUGUGGUUUUAGCAGAACACACAUCGUACUCGGGAAAUUUCAGUACCAUAGGCGUUCAAUGUUUGCAGAGAUUACCUUCUAAUAGCAGCAAGUAUACGUAUGCGUGCGAUGGCUACACUUUUAACUUCUUGCUUGACUCUGGAUUUGUAUUUCUUCUUGUUGCUGAUGAGUCGGUUGGGAGGAGUGUGCCUUUUGUGUUUCUUGAGCGAGUGAAGGAUGAUUUUAAUCAGCGUUAUGGUGCUAGUAUUCAGAAUGAGGGUUCUCAUCCACUUGAUGAUGAUGACGAGGAUGAUGACUUGUUUGAAGACCGAUUUAGCAUUGCAUACAAUCUUGACAGAGAAUUCGGGCCAAUUCUUAAGGAGCACAUGCAAUAUUGUAUGACCCACCCAGAAGAGAUAAGCAAGCUUUCGAAAUUAAAGGCACAAAUAACUGAGGUCAAGGGGAUCAUGAUGGACAAUAUCGAGAAGGUUUUGGAUCGUGGGGAAAGGAUUGAGCUACUAGUGGACAAAACAGAAAAUUUACAGUUCCAGGCGGACAGCUUCCAGAGACAUGGCCGGCAACUGCGGCGAAAAAUGUGGCUGCAGAAUCUCCGAAUGAAACUGAUGUUAGGAGGUGGAAUUCUUAUCCUGAUCCUCAUACUUUGGUUUAUUGCCUGUGGAGGAUUCAAGUGUUGAUGAGGCAAAGCAAAACUUAGCCUUGAUAUCAUUAUCUGAUUCCUCGUUCCGUGUAUAUAAAAAAAUAAAAUAAAAAAUGAAAAAUACUGGUGGUUUGUAUAUGGCCACUGGUCCUAGUACUGUAGAAUCCAACUAUCUGUGUGUACCACCUGAUGGUUUUGUUAAGACUGUAGAGGAUAUGGUCUCUUAGAAUUUGCAACACUUUUUUGCUCAUUUGAGAACAUGGCUGUAUUGACUUGUUAAUAUUUCUGUAGCUUAUUGUGGUUCUUUGUUAGUA